AUGCCUCCUCGUCGGGCGCAUACAAAAAGCCGUAGUGGGUGCGAUCAAUGUAAAAGACGGCGUGUCAAGUGUGACGAGACGGGGCCUCCUUGCGCCAACUGCAUUUCCCGCGAGCUUGACUGUACCUACGUGAAAGCUUCACCGAAAGAUGUGUCCAGCGUGGGACGAAGAGCCUCGGCAUUGUCCAUAUUGGCGAAAGAGAAAGAUCCCGCUUCUCCACGAUCUCUUGCUCCAGGCAGUCCAUCCUCGACUUCCACAUCCACUGUGUCAGGCGUGAGAGAGUUGGAGUUAAUGCAUCGUUUUGCUACGGAUACCUACCGUACUAUGAGUACCAGCGAAUCGGAAAUGCAAGUAUGGCAGAUACAUGUCCCGCACUUGGCCUUGCAAUUUGAAUUCCUGAUGAAUGGCAUAUUGGCGCUAGCGGCAUUGCACAUCGCCUCCACCUUGGACCCGCCAGCAUCGUUCGUAUACAUGGACACGGCUUUACAUUAUCAUAACCUCACCUUUGCUCCAUUUCGUGCCUCCAUUGAUCACUUGACGGAACAGAAUUGUGAAGCGGUGCUAGCACAGUCUAUCAUCACAACUGUUUUUGGUAUUGCCUUGCCGCGUGUCAGUGCGACACGUGGGGAGAGCUUGAAUAUGACGGAGAAUAUCAUAGUCCUGUUCGAGCUCCUCCAGGGAGUGAAGAACAUCAUUACCAUUGGUCAACCUUGGAUUAAGCUCGACCUAUACCCGCACCAGAAGGGCAUUAAGAGCGAUGUGCCAGCACUGGACAGCGUGACUCAAAAUGCUCUGGAUCGACUCGCCAUGCUGAAUGAUGAGACUCUUUCCACUAUCGAUAAAGAUCAGUAUCGGAUUAACAAAGAUGUAAUCUCUCAUCUGCAUCACUGCUUCACAAUGUAUAGCAAUGCUAGAGGGCCAGCAAACACACUGUCUUGGCUCGCCGCUGUCGACAAAGAGUUUGUUGACAACGUGCGGCGCCGCCAGCCAUUAGCCCUUUUGAUACUUAUGCACUGGGGUGUACUACUAGGGGAGCUAGAUGGUCAGUGGUGGUGGGCUCGCAACUCGGGUCGGGCGCUCGUCUCUGAAAUUUUGCUUAUCUUGCAACCAGGAAGUAAUCAGUGGGCAGAUUCGUUGGCCUGGCCUCGAAGAAAGAUGGGCCUUUAA